AUGAACAGAUCAGUAAUCAUGUCGCCGGAAUCUCCUGUUUUCUUCCAGUCUCCGUUGGUUUUCUCUCCGACGUCGGUCAAAACGCCGUCGUCUUCACCGCGUUCGACACCUCCGAAGCUAUCUAUGGUAGCUUGUCCUCCAAGGAAGCUAAUAGAGACGACUCCGAGUCCGGAUUUUGAUUCGGUGUUGAAAAGAAAAAGACCGCCGAUGCUUGACCUAAUAACGGUGGCUCCGCCGGUACCAUCUUGGUGUAAUACGACGGUGAAGACGCCGGAAAAAGCGGCGGAGGUUGUUGAAGCAGAGAAAGAUGGAUAUUACUUUGUUUAUUGCAAGAGAGGAAGACGUGGACCAAUGGAAGAUCGGUAUUUCGCGGAGGUUGAAUCCGACGACGAGGGACCUCGGAAAAAGGCUUUCUUCGGUGUUUUCGACGGUCACGGUGGAUCCAACGCCGCGGAGUUCGCGGCGAUGAAUCUCCGGAACAAUAUUGAGGCGGCGAUGGCGGGGGAGAGAUCAAGAGAAGAUGGUUACUCGAUUGAGAGAGCGAUAAGAGAUGGUUACAAUAAAACGGACGAGGAUUUCUUGAAAGAAGGUUCGAAAGGUGGCGCGUGUUGUGUAACCGCUCUAAUAUCGAAUGGCGAGCUUGCGGUUUCGAAUGCAGGUGAUUGCCGGGCUGUUAUAAGCCGCGGUGGAGUUGCGGAAGCUCUUACGACUGAUCACAAUCCUUCUCAAGCAAAUGAGCUCAAACGGAUUGAAGCAUUGGGUGGUUAUGUUGACUGCUGCAACGGCGUUUGGAGAAUUCAAGGAACAUUAGCCGUCUCACGAGGAAUUGGAGACCGGUAUCUCAAGAAGUGGGUAAUAGCUGAACCGGAAACCAGAACAUUACGGAUUAAACCGGAAUUGGAGUUCUUGAUCUUAGCAUCUGACGGUCUUUGGGAUAAGGUAACGAACCAAGAGGCGGUCGAUGUGGUUCGACCGUACUGCGUAGGAGUAGAGAAUCCAAAGACACUUUCUGCUUGCAAGAAACUAGCCGAGCUAUCGUUUGAUGUCUCGUAUGUAACCGAAGCUAGCUUAGAUAUUCGCAUUCAAUCAUUUGAAGAAAUGGAGGUUGAGCUUCUUCUAGUCAAGGCCCUAGAGAUGCUAGAAAAACUGCGUAAUGUUGAGAAGCUUACUUUGGGAUCAAAUUUUCUUAAGAUUAUAUCUCUUGCCGAGCUCCAACGUGUUCCUUUUCCGAUGUUCAAUGUCAAAGAUUUGACGUUCAAGGCAAUGUUAUCUCAAUAUGUAAUUCCUGGUAUAGUAAGAAUGCUACAAAACUCACCUCAAGUGAAGAAUCUAACACUACACACAAAGGAUAUUCACGGCACCAUACCGCUUAAAGAUUGA